AUGGUCUUCGGGCUGUCGAAACGCUCGAGGCGGGCGUACAGCUCAGACCAAUCUGCGCUAGAUCCAUGCAGAGAGUACGAUGAUUUUCGGCAAAGACGAAUCUACGCGGCUCCGAGUGGCCCUCACUCUGUCGAAGUCCUCCCAUGUGCCUCACAUUUCGCGUCAUCUCAUCCGUACCUCAACCGUGGUCAGAUAGCAGCAGCUUCUAUGGCUCAACUACCUCCACCACAAGUACCGGCACCUCUAGUUCUACCCACUGCUAGUGUUCAGCCGGCCAUUCUGCCAACGUCACUAUCUGGUCUGACAGAAUGGACUAACUCUACCUUCAAUCAUCCGAUCUCUGGUAUUCUAAGCCACACUAUUGGAAAGGCCAAUGCCACAAUCUCGGACCUCGACCAUUUGAUUCAUCGAAGCAUCGGAGAUGGCGUGAACCUGCGAGAUGCCCCGUCCCGUGUGUUGGACGAGGUCAUUACGUCGAUCGAUAUGGGCUCCUUUGGUGGUAGGGAAAGGGAUAUCCUUGCGGGGUGCUCGCUUCCAUUUCGUACAGAUUUGAAAAAUCUCCACAAGUCAGGCAAAAAGCCGAACAGAUCUGGAUCAGUGGAUUAUUUCUCCAAAGUAUAUCUAUACGAAAACUCGCGCAUGCCAUCCAAUCUUCCACGGCUGAAGCUAUCUAUACCGAGCUAUCCUCUACUCCGACUCGCAGCCCAGUACUCGCGGCGCGUAUACGACGGGCCUGUAGGCGGAGAGCGACAUGCCUAUGUUGAUUCUGAUUGGCGCCAGGGCACCAAAGCCAUGGUCAUAAAGUCUCUGCCCGUUGACGAUCUGAAUACGAUCGUCUUCGCCAUUCGUGGCACACAGAGCUUCCUUGACUGGGCCGUCAAUUUCCACACGGCGCCAACAUCCCCUGCUGGUUUUCUUGAUGACCUCCACAACUAUUGUCAUGCUGGAUUCUUAUCUGUGGCACGCAAAAUGGUUGGUCCCAUCGCGGCACACCUGCGGGCUCUUCUAGCUGAAGACCCUUCUCGCAUGUCCUACUCGCUUCUGAUCACUGGUCACUCCGCUGGCGGAGCCGUGGCCAGCCUGUUGUAUCUUCAUAUUCUAUCCGAAUCACCAAUGGUGCAAUCUGACCUCACUCAUCUCCGCGGUUGCUUCAGGUCUAUUCAUUGUGUCACCUUCGGGGCACCACCUAUCUCUAUUCGCCCGCUACAGCAACCACUCUCAUCAGGUUUCCCCAGAUCGAAGUCUUUAUUUCUCUCGUUCAUCAAUGAGGGUGACCCUGUGACUCGUGCUGAUAAGGCGUACAUUGUCUCUUUGCUGGAUUUGUACGUUAGGCCUGCUCCAAGGCUAACCCUCUAUCGGCCUCGGGAUUACAAGAUUGCCCCGGCACCAAAUUACUGGCACGUUCCUCCCGCCACUUUAGCCAAUGCAGGCAAACUCGUUCUGCUUCGUGACCGAGACCGGGGUCCGUUGAAUGGUCCUAUAAUUGCACCAGCUCGAAAACCAGAUGGCCCCCCUCCUCUGCCGCGUCGACAGCUUUUUGAAGCGUGUGUUAUUAAUGACGCUCAGCUGCGAGGAGUGGUCUUCGGAGACCCAGUAAUGCAUAUGAUGGAUCUCUAUGCUCGCAGGAUUGAGAUACUGGCUGGAGGUGUCUGGAGGGAAAGAUAA